AUGCGUGUCACCUACAUCCUCGCUGCUAUUAUUGUGGCAACUCUCCAUGCCAGCGGCACUGCGAUCCCCGCGGCUACGAACCCCAAGGCCACCACGAUCAGCAACGGUGUGGCACUCAGCACCGUCGAUGGUGUCCAAAGAGACGGCGGACGGAUUUUGCGCGUCGAGAAGGAUGCAGUGAAAGACGACGGGAUUGAAGAAGAGAGGUUUAUAAAAAAACUCUCGAGCUAUGUAAAGAGGUGGAUUCCCGGAACAGAUGCUAGGGCGAUGAAGAAGUUUAGAGAUGAGGCUGUCCGCCGCCAGCGAAAACGCAACCAGGCCAAAGCUCCGGCCGACCGGAUGCGCGAAGACAUUAUUCACGCCGGAGGGACUCCUAAUUUCUAG